CCAUUCCAAGGAAACUGUAUUUUCGUCCGUUGCCAUGGAAAUGCAUGAAGAAAAUUGUUUAGGAAUAAAUCAACAUGUUAGCGUUUUUUCCCCGCUCCCGGUGGGGAGUGUGUAUGCGUGUUUCCCCACAUUUUGUGUACGUUUGGGGCUGGGUAAAAAUUGGAGUUCGGGGUUUGUUCAAGUGGCCGGUUGCAAGGCAGCGCCCAAUAGGCUGGCUAAACCUUCCGCCUCUGGUGUUUGCGGGCGGCAGUUUCCUCGCGAGAAAGCCCAUGAUGCUGAUGGAUGCACUGAUCAUCUUCAUCAGGCGUUCGUGGGUAAGAGAGAGAGAGGGGAGAACAGCGCCAUCAGGCAAAGAGGGAAACGCUCGACCGCCUUUGCUCGCCGCCCGCUCUCUGCGUUUGUUCGCGCCCUACGGAUGGAGGCUGACCGGGCCGCCUCAGCGCAGCCCGACGUGAAAGCAGAAGAGGAAAUAGAAGCACUGAUUUUUGAUGGUGCAGAGGUUGUUGACAUUCACAACAUGCAAGUUCCUCAGCGAGUACUUUCGGUUAAUAGUGUCCCUUCAACUUUACAUGAAAGUGAUGAACAAAGGAGAUGUCUGGCAACGCUAGUAUAUUUGAAAAAUACCAGAAAUAAUAACCCUGGGGAGUGCAGCACUGCAAGAGUCGAUCUGUCUAAUGUGGAACCUGAAAGCACUGGUCACCAGGAGCAACCCCUAACUGGGAAUAGGCGUGCUCAACUCAUUACUCAACCAUGUGGGCUCCGAUCAGGCAAAAGGAAAACAUUUGCUCCCUCUAGUACCCAGAUGGGCAAACCAGCCAACUACAAUGAAGUAAGAACAAAGAAAAAGAGACUGCACAGUAUGGUGAGGUCACCUGCAUUAAGGAGACUAUCAGAUGAUGAAGAUUAUGAAGAGUACUAUGAUGAGGAAUCUGAUGCAAUGCCAGAUAAUGUUAGUGACUUGUCAGAUAGUUCUGAAAAUUUAGGUCAGCAAACCUCACUGAUGGAAGUUAUCAACUAUUGUCAGGUUAUAUAUUCUGCUAUCCGAAGAUUGGACAGAAAAGUGGAAGUGAUUCAAAGAAAAGUAUCUAAUCUGCGUCAAGGAAAAACAAGAUACUUCACGAAACAAAGACAAGUUUUAGCAUCUCUUUCCAAUGGUUAUAACCAGACAUUGAAGAGGAAAAUGGUACUGAAAUCCAACGGGAAUAUACGAAAGAAGAGAAUUACCAGCUCCAAUCCUUCUUAUCAGAGUGAGCCAAAUUACUCUAACGAUCCCAUAAUAAUUCAGGAUGAAGAAGAUGUUGCUGAUGUGAUAGUGGAUGAGAAGCCAAAUGAACCAGCAACCUUUCACUCCACGGAACAGAUCCUCAAAAACAUGAUGCCACCAGCCAACUCAGCCGUACCUGGUCAAGUAGUACAACCACCCGUCCUAAACUCAGACCUUCAGCAACCGAGCCAGAGGCUGCAAUCCAUGCCAGUUACGUACAAAAUGAACAAAAUACCAAACAGCCACUGUCAGCGCCCAGUUCUUCAGCAGCUCGAAAUUAAGAAAACUUUUCAACCCAUAGAAGAUGCACACCAAAGCAAUGAUUCAUCUCCUGAUCAUUGUAAUACUUUGGAGCAUUUGAGAAGGGAUCUUAUGCUGCAUGAUCCCUCUUUUGAUCUUUCAAAGAACAGCUUUGGAUUUCUGGGGAAUCCCAAGCGCAAUGUUAAAAUACCUGGUGCAUUUAUAUUGAAGGCCAGUCAAAAGACCCAGCCAAAGUUAGCAGCACGUUAUUUGGCCAGGAAUCUGUUCACUGAUGAGGUUCUCGUAUCGAGUAGUGUUCUGGGAAACAAACAAUAUGGGCUGAAGUCACUGGAUCCAAACAAACUUGCAGCUGUGAGAGAGUUCUUAAGCAAACAGUUCCCCCACCAUGAUCUCACUGAGGUUGGUAAGGACUGGAAGAUCUGCAUCUCUGCAAUCAACAAUAUGAUCAGCACAACAAGAAGAAGAGUUGAAACAGGCUCAAACCAGAGAAGAGAAUACCUGUCUGAUGAAAAAGCAUCAACUUCUUCCAUCUCUCCAUCUACCUCUGAUUCUGCUGCAAAUGGUCAACUUUGGUGGCUUUACCAGAAUCCAACACCAUUAUCACCUGCUAAAAGUCAAAAAACUUAUGAAAAAUUAGAGUGCCUCGGAAGAUCUGACCGGAAAGUGGAGUUGCCAGCCUCUGUGAUCCAUCUUGCCAAGCAGAGGACACGACCUGAAUUAGCAGCCCGUUUCCUCACCAGACACCUCUUCCCAGACAGUGUGCUUCUCAGGAGUAACGUGUACGGAGCAAUUCGGAAAGGAAAAGCUCCUCUUGACUGUAAUAAGAUAAAUGCUGUUCGAGAAUUUCUAGCAGAAUGCUUUACUGGUUUUGACCUGGCUGAGGAUGGCAAAGACUGGAAAGUGUGUGUUGAUGCAAUUAAUGGUGUCAUUCGAUGUCUCAGAUAUGAACUGAAGAAGACACCGCAAGGAAGGUCAUUCCUUAAGCAUUAUUCAUCACCUGUCCCAGGCCAAACUGAGAUGGAAUGACAUGAAGCCAAUGAAUGCAAGCUGUAAUUACAUGGUCAUAGGCGCAAACCCAAGUAUUAAUUGUAUGCUGUUCUGAGGUGUAUGGAAGAAAUAAUGGAAGGAACAUUAAAGUGAACAUUCCAUCAUUGUCCUAAGAGGUGAUUUUGUUUACUGUUUCUCAAUAUGCUUAGAAUGUUACAAAAUCAAUUCUCAAUAAUAAUUUACAAUGAUAAUACAAAAUAUUCAUGCCACGUUCACUUUAUCUGCAGAGAAAACAUCUACAUUAAAAACUUCUUUAAAAAUGGAGACCAAUACAAACAAAAUACUGCAUUACACAGUUGCAUGCAUUCCUGAAAAUAAAAAUAGAAAAUAGUCUGUAAUUGGAGCCCGGUACCCAUACUUUGUGAAAGGUUGAUCAUCUAUUUUGUCACUGAAAUAAAUGUCAUCAUAAUUAUAGUUGUGAGGUUAUAAGCACAGGCAGCAGUAUCAUUUCAUUAAUUUCAUGGUUAUUGAUCUCCAAAAUACGCACAGGACAGCUUCAACUCUCUCUGUUGAAGAUUCCCAACAUAAUGAAUUUUAAUCUAAUUUGCUAUACAAAGUGGUGGCAAAUCAAUCUUAAAUGCAUGUUGUGUUCCAAUUGCAUCACCAAGAGUCAACUAAAAUUUUCACUCAGGCUGAAGCAGGGGAGUUGUCUUUAAUUUCCUUGAUAGACUGAAUGAAGACAGAAAAGUAUCUUACAUUGAAAACACUCAGGAACAUUCAGGCUUGGUCUUCCCGAGUACAGAAAUUCUCCAUCUGCUCUUCCCAAGCAUAAGAGCCAUGUGAGAUGGCCCCACACACCUACCAAUGCCAGUAAGAUUAUUGAAGUCACAGCUGUUUUCCAGAACUCUGCCAGCCAUCUGCUCAAUACCCACACAGAGUUAAAACCGAAAACCCGGGCACUGAUUUGCUGACAACACGAGUGAAUCUGCAGAUGCUGGAAAAAAAUAAAAACACAAAAUGCUGGCAGAACUCAGCAGGCCAGACAGCAUCUACGGGAGGAGGUAGUGACGAUGUUUCAGGCUGAAACAUUGUCACUAUCUCCUCCCAUAUUGCUGUCUGGCCUGCUGAGUUCUGCCGGCAUUUUGUGUUUUUACUGAUUUGCUGAAUUCACUGGUAAAACUGUUACAAGUAAUAGGGUUAAUAUGUUAAAAAUUUGUGAUCAUCACUGUUCUGUGCCUGAGACACUAUUGGUGCUACUUUUCAGAUGAGAACGUAAGUCAAGAUCCUAUCUGCCCUCAAGGUCUUGAGGAACAAUAUCAAAAAUUUUAACUGGUUAUGUUGCUUUCUGACAUUAUGUGGAACAUUGUUGUGUGCAGAUUGGUUGCACCAUUUUCUGCAUUGUAACAGCGACUACACAUUUGCAUUGUUUGUAAAGCACUUUUGGCAUCUCGAAAGGUAAUACGUAGCAUCGUAGAAGGAAAGAACACAAGCUGAGGAAUUUGGACCAGUUUGUCCAUACUAGCUCUUAUCCAAUUAUUCUACUCCCUUGUUCUUUUUUCUGUAACCCUGAAAUAUUUUCAUGAUGUAUAUCUAAUUCUCUUUAGGCAGUUACCAAUGAACCUGUUUCCACUGGCCUUUUGAGUAAUGCAUCCCAAAUCACAGCAGUUAUAAAUGAAAAUCUUUCUCCAUUCUUUGAAUGGUAUCUGGCCUUUGGUUUUCUCCUGUCUUUGUGUUUAGACUUUGAAGGAAACUACUAACUGGAAACUACAAAGAUCUAUUUUGUGGAGCUUUUUUAAAAACAUUGAUCUACAUUUUUUUAAAUUAAAAUUAAUUU